AUGCCCCCGAGAAAGAGUAAGAAAUCAACGCGGAUUUCGCAAGCGCCGAUCAACCUCUCAACGUGUCCCGAAGAGGAGGAAGAAAAUGCCACUGCACAAAAGACUCGACCCAAAGUUGCGAUGAAAGUGGUGGCAAAAGAUGACGUAGAAGCCGAGAGUGCCGUCAUUCAGUUCCAACGAGCCCUACAAUUGUCAAAACCCAACAAAACGUUGAUUCGCAAAUUGUACACACAACGAAUGGAACUUGUUCGACUUACCGACAAGGAUCAAAUGAGAAGGGCGUUUUGGGAGCCGAUUUUUAUGAGUGAACCAGAGGGCGCGAAACUUGCCGGCUAUUUUCUUGCCGAGAUCGGUUAUGAGCCUUUCAUGGAUUUGUUGGCAAAAAUCGUGCAGAAGAACAACGUAACAAAGACACAACUCCGUGGAAUCGGUGAAGCAUUAGUCAUCGCUUACAAGUUGGCCGAGAAAAAUGAUCAAGUCAUGGAUAUGAAUGGCGUGGAAGAAGUCUGGCGAUGGGUCAUCGACUGCUCGGUGAUUGCUGCAGUGCCACUUGAUGAACGCUUUUUGGAGAUUACGAAAGCUCUUGACGAUGCUGAUCGAGUGAAGUUUGAGAUGGUACUGCAGAAAAUGCUCAAUGCGAUUUUGCCUCAAUACGCAAGGUGUCUUGAUGCAAGAGCGCGUUUCGAGACGAUGAAUUACGUCUUCCGCUUUUACCCACUGUUCCCUUUACUGCAAGAGGAUCGUGAGAAGCUCAUCCUGGACUAUUUGAAAGAUGAAUGCGUGGAAAUCCGGUGUCAGGCGACGAUGAAGACGAUGGUGAUAUUUGAGUCGUUUUUCAACAUCAUUCCCGAGGACUUCAUUCAACAUGUGAUGAUUGAAGUUAUCGACUCGAUGGCAAAAGACGCGAAUUCAUCUGUGCGAGCCUGUGUUUACAAAGGUCUACGUUCUCUAAGUCAAUGUGCUGGCGCUGUGAAUAUUCUGGAGCAUGCAAUGAGGUGCAUCAUUGUUGAUGGUGUCAACGAUAAACAUGAAAAGGUUCGGCUAGCCACAUUCCAACUUCUUAAUGCCGUGCGUGAACAUCGCUUUAUCAGAUUCUGGGACGUCGUUGAAGUCAACCUUUUAUUAGCUCGGUUCGAAGUGGAAACCGACGAAAAAGUUUUAGAGCAAAUUGUUCGGCUUCUCUUCCGAUCUUUUCACCCGAAGGACCAAACGCCAACAAAAAUCGUGGCUCGAUUAGAACGAUUGGUGAAAGAUGGCGGAAGAAACGCGGCGGUAAACUUUUGUCGGCACAUCUACCGCUUGGGAUUGAUCACGAUCGAGCAAGCCGUCGUACUCAUCAAAACAAUCUUGGGCCUCAAUGUUUAUGGCAGAUGGAAGAAAAACGAUUUGGGAGUGGAUUUAUCGCGGCUGGCGUUGGAUGAGUCGAUCAUUGAUGCGGUGAAAAACUACAACUCGGAAAACAAAGAGAAUGCGGACAGCGACGAGCCAGAGGAAACACUUGAUGAUAAAGCGACCACUCCUGAAUUCUCCAGACAUCUUGUUCUUUUCGAAUGUGGCGUUGUAAUGUGGAAAGCAAUCCAAAAGGAUCUGGAGCCAGAAAGUGAACUUGAAUGUCAAAUAGAGAGAAUCGUUCUGCAUAUUUUUCGCAUACUUCACGAGAAAUACUCAGAUACGGCACUCAUUGGCGCUAGCUUCAUUCUUGGAGCUUUGGUUCGCACCAAAAACGCCGCGAUGGAUAUGCAAAAGUUUGCGUCGCAAGAAAUAGAGAACUUCAAAAAAGGAGACUACUCAUCGGAAAACCUCGGAUUUUUACUUAAUUUCAUAUGGAAAUGGGAGCCAGAAAAACUACUCAAUUUGGUCCUUGACGAUUUAUCGAUGCUCUCUCAACUGAGAGGUGAUGUUCACAAAUCGCCACCGAAGAAAAUGAAGAAGCAAAGUGAAUCACCUGUGGACUCGUUGCUGAGAAUUCCUCUUGUGCUCUCUCAUUUGACAACGUCUCAAAAGAUCUCCGCCGAUAUCACAACAAAUCAUGCAUUUUACCUGGAAAGAUUCUUCCAAAAACUUUCGCCGAGCCUUCCAAUCAUAUUCGACAUGUACUUAUCGACGGAUGCUCGAGUGAAGAUCAAUGGACAAAUUACGGUGGAGCUGUUCAAGGUACACUUGGCGAUUUUCGAGCAACUACUAGCCACCGCGUUAAACGCCGGUCGUGGUGCACCACCAUUGGUUAACAUCUUGGAAAGUUUAAGGGCAUUUGUCGAUUGGUUCAUUGCAAGUGCAAUCCCGAGACUGAACGAGCUACUGGAAAACGAGGAUCCCCGUUGGUUGGACACUUUCAGAAUAGUUGAGGCAGUCUUUGAAGUUCAACCCUUAGUGCUUGGCUUGCUUAAAUGUGGAGAAACUCUUAGUUCAUCAAAGGAAGAAACUCGAGAAGUUUGCGACAACCUUUUCACAUCGUUGUGUUGUCUCUACGAGGCGCUCUUCAACAAAGGAUCCCCUCUACAACAACUGCUACUGGCCUUAACCGGCCUGAAAAACUUAGCUGCUUUGCAUGGAGUAUAUGACAAUUAUUUAUUAUGGCAACAAUUUAUUUUGGGU